AUGCCAGGCAGAGAGUGCCACGACCUCCUCUCCUGCAGCAGCAGCGCCUCCUCCAGGCCUCCCUCGCUCUCCCCGCUCCCGAACGCCACCACCACCCAGGACCCGCCCGACCUCAGCGGAGAGUACUACGUGGACGGUCCCUUGCUCGCCACCCUGGUCGUGCUGUCUGUCGUUUCCCUGGUCGUGGGCCUCGGGGCGGACUUCGGGCUGCUCCUCCGGGACGUCAUGAGGGGCGUGAAGCGGAGGAAGAGGCAGAAGGCGGGGCUGAAUUGCGGUCGGGUCCUCCUGUGCUCCUACGCCUCAGCCGGGCUGCUGCACGCUCGUCUCUCCACGCCCGUGCUCAUCGCCGCCCUCAUCAGGAACAAUGCCAGAGAGGUGGGCGGCCUGUUCUUGCAAUCUGUGUCUGGAUUAGGACAUUCUGGUCCUUUUUGCUAUUCUUGCAAUCCUUCUCGAUGUAGCGCGAGUGCCUGGCCGUGCAACGUCGGCUGGCUGGUGUGGGCGUGGAGUUGGGCGGUGCAGCUCGUGGGCGGGGUGAUGAUCACCUUUGAGCGCUACAUGGCUGUCACUUCCCCCAUUUCCGGUCAGCUCUCGAGUCGCCUGGGUCUCCUGAUGGCAGGUAUAUCGUGGGUGUUUGGAGGCGUGGUAGGAGUCCUGGUUGCAGGAGGUCUCCCUUACUCGGUCUUGCAGAUCGCGUGCUCUCCCGUCAGCCACGGAGGGCACGGAGGCGACCGGGACUUCAUGGUGGUGAUGCUCUACGUGGUCACACCGGGGGGCCUCCUUGCCUACGCGUUGGUGGUCUGCUUCUGGGCUCUGAUGGCAUCCGCUGUGAGGGAGCAGGGGAAGGUGAGCGUGAGCGCGGGCGGCAUCGUGAAGGAAAUGGGCGUGGGAGAGUGUGGGCGGCCGCGGUGUCCCUGCCACGGCGAGGUAGAGCUGGUUACCAUCGCUAGGACGUCGGGCGCCUUCUGCCCGACCUGCGCCUCCUCGGGCUGGUGGGCGGACAUCCCGCAGCCGCAGGACAAACUGCAGGCCCUGUUAUGUUCCAUUGGGCAGUGGACGGCGCCGUUGCUCGUGGGGGCUUCGUCGACGUCCUCGGUCGCCCAGCCAGCGCUGACGAAGGGCGAUGCUCCGAAGGGCGGCGCGGAGACCUCGAAGGGCGUCUCCUCUUCCACCAUCCCGAGCACGCCCUUGGACGAGGAGGACACCUUCACCCUGGGCGGCGUGUACAUCGGCUCGCUGGAAUCGCACAUUCGGACCCACCAGGCGUUCUGCAGCGGGAUGAACGUGCGGAGCCAAGGGUGCCAGACGGGCGAGCUGGAGGCGAGUCCGCCGGUGAUCGAGUGGCGGAUCCAGAUGUCCACGGAGGAGCUGAGCCGCGCCAGCCCGACCCUGGAGGACGUGGCGACGCAGUGCAGCUUCGCGGGCGAGGGCGAGUGGCCCCGCGUGUCGCGAAGCCCCUCGCAGCGCUCCGCCUGCCAGGUGCUGCAGGUGUCGGGGGAGGUGUGCGUGCGGGACGCCAGAGCUCGCCUGGCGGGGCGCACGCGCGUCGAAGCGGGGCGCUCACUCCCCGCGCUCCUGUUGGUCCUCCUGCAGAUGCUCCUGUGGCUGCCGCUGCCCAUUUCGGCUCUCACGCUCUACUUCUCCUCGUGCAGCGCGACGUGGGCGUGGCGAGUCCUGCUGGUGGUCCUCACCGUGACGAACCUCUCCCCCGCGCUGACGUCUGCGGUGUACCUCGUCGCCGCACGGUGAGCCCGCGGCCGUUCCAGGACGGGCCCCGUCCGCGCCUUCGGCCGCCUCGCGCUUUAGCCAGCUUGUACAUAUAGUGACACAUGCCUCGCCUUGUCCCAAAUGACCUUUGUGUAUAUGUAGUUAGAGGUAAACAUAAUAAUGUAUGUCCUGUGUACGGAUCCUUUCGAUUUUCGGAAAUAUUGGUGUUAUAUGUUUAUCACGAAUCUCUUGUAUACAUGUAAAUCAUUAACGUUCCCCAAUCGCUGCAAGAUCAACUUCUAAUUGCUCCUCAAUGUCAAUAUUUCAGAAAACAGUGAUUGUGAGAGCUCUCCGGUUUCCCUUGAGUUGUCAGUACGUUUCUUCACUUACCAAAGUAUGUUAGAUAUUUCUUUGUAUUCCUUCCCUUAGACUGAUGUGUAAGAAGCA